AUGCAGGUUACUAUAGCUUUGCUACUUUUUGCUGUAGUUGGGACUUUGAUGAAAUCAGUAAAUUCAGAGAGAUACAUUGUUGGAGAAGGCUAUGGUUGGCGUUCUGCCCCUUACCCUACUUACUACGAAGAUUGGGCUAAAACUGUCAAGCUAAAACCUGGAGAUGAAUUAGAGUUUAGAUUCCAAAAGCCUGACGAAGUGCUGGAGAUUGGGAAAUACGACUAUUAUGCAUGCAAUUCCAAUACUCCUUCCAGGCAUUAUAAAGAUAGUCCAGCAAUAGUAUUCUUAUUGGUACCUGGAGAUUAUUACUUCACAUCCAGCAACAAUAACAACUGCAUCAAUGGCCAGAAGCUCUAUGUAUAUGUACCAGCUCCAGAAGAUGAUGGUAAGAUUAACAACAAGGGUUAG